CCGACCCUUGUGCGGCUCAUCGUGAGUUGUCCUCCAACCACCUCGCCGUCGUCGUCCCGCCCGUCGUCGCCCCUCUCCGGCACUUCUUGGUCUUGGUCACAGCUCUCAGAGCGUCUCUAGGCCCGCUAACGACAGCUCUCGCGAGCUCUGGACGAUCCGACCGCGUCUGACGGCGUUUACUCAGCUCGGUCAAAAAUCCGCGACAACCUCCUGAGCGACCCGUCCUCAACGAGGAUACGCGGAACGCGUCAACGUCGAUAUAUACCUGUCUGAAUAGACUCCUCGGUUCCCUAUCGUACUAGCUACUGCUAAUCCCUUCGCCCUUUGCCGACUUCUGUGCUCCAGCGUUUCUAUUGUCCUCGACGACUCUGUCAUCAUGCUAGGCCACCAGUUUGCGUACUCUGCGGCGCCGAUCCGCAAAGUGAAGGAGGUUCAGUUUGGCAUUCUCUCACCUGAAGAGAUCAAAGCGUAUUCGGUCGCGAAAAUCGAGCAUCCUGAAGUCAUGGAUGAGGCGACACACAAGCCUAGGGCGGGUGGCUUGAUGGAUCCCCGGAUGGGUACUAUAGACAGGAAUUUCAAGUGUCAGACGUGUGGAGAGGGGAUGUCGGAAUGCCCUGGGCAUUUCGGCCACAUUGAGCUUGCCAGACCUGUCUUUCACCCAGGCUUCAUCGUGAAAGUGAAGAAGAUUUUGGAGUGUAUUUGCGUAAAUUGCGGGAGGUUGAAAGUUAGCAGCGUGAGUUUUGUUCUUUUCCUCUACUCGUUCGCACCCCACCACCCAAUUUUCUGGGGGCUCUCUCCACACAUGGAGAACCCCAAGCCCGCUCUGCGGAUGUCCUCGACAAUCGAGGCGUUCUUCCGCCCGGGUGAGGGAGACGCGCGUUUUCGGUCGCUUGAUCGCCGCGUUGACCGCUACACCAUCCGGCGCUGGUUGGACACGCAGUGGCGUGGUGAAAUGGGGGGCUGAGCGAGAUAGUGCGAAAAUGUAUGCGAUGGAUUCUUGUGAACCACGCUGCGAUGGAUGGUCAGACAGCCCUCCCUGUGACGCAGGCUGAGUGGCUUGUCUUUGGCCAGCACUUGAUAACUCGAGUUCUGUAGCCCCCUGUUGUUCCGUUGUUAUGUGGUACUCGUCGCAGGAUGCUGCACGACGCGAUUGUGCAGGUAACUACGAACCUUUGCUGACGUUCA